AUGGAAGUCGAGGUCCUCCGUCAUAAUGGCAUUCCUGAGUCCAGCAUCCUUUCGAUCCGUGUGGGAAGUACCCGUCGCCAAGUCCACGUCUCGCAGUUGGACAGGCCACUGAAGUUCCCAACCAAGCUCGAGGAGUGCUCCUCUGUGAAGGUCGAAAUUCUGGACGUUGCGGGUACCGCACGCGUGUCGUGCAGUCCAUCCACGUCGGAAUACAGCAUUCCCUUAGAGUCGCCGCUCGAGGGAGAAGGCAGCACUGGCAUGGAGGUUGGCAUCAGGCUUGGCGGCGCAGGCGCGGAAGUCUCGCAGGGCGCUGUAGAGGAGGCAGAAAAGAAAAAGGAAGACGAUGCCAAGUCAUAUUUGGAGAAACAUGGGCUGACUUCCUUCAUGCAGUUCCUCAUCCAAAGCCUGAUGAAGGACAAACCGGAAGACCCGUACAAGUUCCUUCAGCGGCAAGUGACCAAAAAGAUGAUGAUCACCGAGCUGUCAAGUGGAGGUUCAGCAGACCAGAAGCUGGAGGAGAUGCUGACGAAGUUGAGUUCCGAGGUGACAGACUGUGUCCCUGUAGAGCAGCUGCAAGACCUGCAGAAGCAGGCGGAGGAAGUAGGCGAUCAGCUGCGAAAGGACAACAAGGAGCUGAGAGAAACGCUCGACCUACUGAAGGGCAGGUACCGCUCCCUUCUAGUUGAGAACUCGGAGUUAGCACAACAGGUCGGAGAAAGCGCAGAAGGCUCGGACCUGGUCUCCAUGCAGGAUGAUGUGGGAAAGAUGGUUAAUGAGAAUGCCUUGCUGGUGUCCGAGCUGACAAGCGCAGCCCGUGCCAUCCCACAGGUGACAUGCACGCCGGCCGAGCACAGCGCCGACCCCUACUACCAGAAGGCAGCACCACAAGACCCGGAGAACGCCCAGGAGACUCACAUCCACCCGGAGCCCCACGUGACGAUCCAGGAGAUCCACAGCAGCGACACCUACUACACGCAGGCUUCGGGGACGGCACUUGGCGCUCAGCCACAGACCACCCAGCUAGUCCCACCGAGCGGGGAAGAACCUCAACACAAGGGACUGCAUCCAUACCUGGACGUUUUCGAGGAUGAGCCAGACUGGAACCGCGACAGUCAGGACGAAGCUGAGGUCAAGGAGGAGCCAGACUGGAACCACGACAGUCAGGACGAAGCUGAGGACAAUGACGACUCGGACUCGACGCAACAAGGCGAGAGGACGGAACCACCGAGCAGUUCAAGGGGAUCCGAGAGACCCGCUGAGCCAGAGGGACCACCGCCAAACAGGACCCUGUCGAACCGAGCGGGGAGGACAGCCCCACUGACAGAAGAAGCUCGCAAAGAGCGCAACCGCCGCGACAGAGCGGAUUGGAGAGAAAGACGCCGCGUCCGUCGACGCUUGGGACUGGAAACCGGCUACUUCUACCCGAGCGGUGCGACACACAAGAAGCGGCCGAGAAGUGAGCCGUGA